GAUGUUGGACUACAGUUAUAGGACCUUGUUCCUUAAAGAUCACAAUAUUGACUCUGCUGGCAGUUGUCUGAUGAGAGAGAAGUCAACUGAUGACACAACAGGCAGUGAUGACUUUUUCACUCUUGGACUCCAGAGUUCCACUACCUGCAAUAGCACUUCUGAAGAGUCUUACAGAAUGGACAUUUAUCAAGAAUCACAUAUUCACCCCCUGGACGUCCACAUGGCUGUGUUCCACUGCUCUGGUGACUUCCUGAGAGCGUUCCUCUUCACCAAGCUCUCCACCUGUCAAUUUGCCUUACCCCUCCUGGUGCCCAGCCCUGAGACUGGCGCACUGGAGUUCCCUCUGUGGGCUCUGAGGCAGGUCAAGAGGUCCUGGUGCAGUAGGGAGCCCUCAGAGAGAGGCAGCUCUGUGAAACACAACUGCAGGGACAUGUUUAACACUCCAGUGCCAACUGUGUCCUUCAUCAGGCUGGGAUCAUCCUCCGUCUCCAAAUCCCAGAUCCUGAACAGCGUCGUCAGCCCCAAGAGACACAGUGUGUUUUUCCACCGGCACUGCAGUGAAAUUUCCUCUCACUGCCUGCUCAUGGACGGGGUGGUGGAGAUCGCCUGGUACUGUCCAGGAGGCAGGAUGGACGACGUGUUCGACAGCUGUGUGGCUUUCCUGAACCUACACGGCGAUGCCAGCAAACACCCAGAGCAGCUGCAAUUUCUCCAGGAGGUCAGCACUGUCAACGUGCUUCUGAUCUCAGAGUCUCCACUGGAGGGAGAGGAGAAGAAGACAGCUGAGGCUCUUGUCAAAUCUCCUGUCCCCCUGAUCUGUCUGUUUGCUGGACAAAGUAAAGUCCCACAAGGAAACAAUCCAACCAAGGUGAGACUGGCAGCCAAGAACAGGGGAGAAGCACUGCUGAAUAAAGAAAUAAUAUCAAACAUCAAACAUUGCGUCUCCACUGUGAACAAGACCUCCAGCCUGCAGACAUACUUACAGGCAGCGAGACAACAGCACUUCAGGGUGGAUGAAGACAGUGCAAUCUGUACAGAAGGGAAGGAAAAGGCCCAGAUGUUGUUGGAACUGUUGAAAGAAGGUGAGUUAUUGAGCCUAAAGAAUCUGUUGCCUCUGCAGGGUGAGCUGUGGCACCAGUGGUGCAUGAAGGACAAAGAACAGUAUCGUCUUAACAGCAAAGUGAAUAAAAGUAUUGAACAGCAGCUAAGCGAGAUUAGAGCUGAGAAAAGAGCCCUCCGUCGUGAACAGCUGAAGAGAGCUUUCCCUCUCAAUAACUUCAUGAGAUCCUUCCUGGAGUGUUUAACUUCUGCAGAUCCACAAGACACCAAGCUGUUUAUGCUGCACUGGCUGGGAAUGUAUCUAGAUGAACUGACUGCAGACACGCUGAGUGAACUUCAGGAGAAAUACCACUCCACGUGGACAACACUGAGACUGAAAGACAAGAGUAAGGACAAGGAGCAAGAAAUGAAACUACAGAAGGAUCUGAACAUAAUAUCUGAACAGAUUAGUGCUGCUGCUCUCGGACUUCAACACCUCAUGAGAGAAACUGCUCAGCUGUAUGAGACUUUUCAAUCAGAAGGAGAUGGUCUAGAAGAGUACAGACAGUUUGUCAGAGUCCUUCCUGCUGUUGGAGCGGAUAUGCUGAUGUCAGGACAUCCCCUGGAGCUGAUGGACGGAGAUACUGCCCAUGUGCCUCUGGUGUGGAUUGAUGCCGUUCUGGACAAACUCACUGAGAGACUUGGAGACAGAAAGGUGUUUGUCCUCUCUGUCCUUGGAGUCCAGAGCUCAGGAAAGUCCACUCUGCUGAACACAAUGUUCGGGCUGCAGUUCACAGUGAGCGCAGGCAGGUGCACCAGGGGAGCGUUCAUGCAGUUAGUGCGAGUGAGUAAAGAUGUCAGAGCUCAGCUGCAGUAUGACUUUGUCCUGGUGGUGGACACAGAGGGGCUUCGGUCACCAGAGCUCAGUAAUAAAGCCUCACUGAGUCACGACAAUGAAUUAGCAACUUUUAUCAUCGGGAUUGGUGACAUGACUGUGAUCAACAUCAUGGGAGAGAAUCCCUCUGAAAUGCAGGACAUUCUCCAGAUCUGUGUCCAGGCGUUCCUGAGAAUGAAGUCUGUUCAGAUCAAACCGAGCUGUAUUUUUGUGCAUCAGAAUGUUGCAGAAGCUUCAGCAAACAACAAGAAUAUGGAGGGAAGGAUUAAACUCCAGGAGAAACUGGAUGAAAUGUCCCGCAUUGCUGCCAAAGAGGAAGGCUGUGAAGUUACCGGCUUCAGUGACAUUAUCCAGUUUGAUGUGGACUCACAGGUUUUCUACUUCAAAAACCUUCUGGAAGGAGACCCUCCGAUGGCUCCUCCCAACCCCUCCUAUAGCCAGAACGUCCAGGAGCUGAAGAUGAAGCUCCUCAGUGUCGCUCAGUGGCAGCCGGGAGUGAAGUUUCCCUCACUGUCCGAGUUGAAAUUACGGAUCAAAGAUCUCUGGAAUGCCCUGCUGGCGGAGAACUUUGUCUUCAGCUUCAGAAACACCCUGGAAAUGUUGGUUUACAGUAAACUGGAGGACAAGUACGGAGAGUGGUCAUGGAAGAUUAGAAAACAAGCCCUGGAGGUACAAAACAGACUGAGCAACCAAAUUAUCAAUAAUAAAGUUCAGGCUGUGACAUCAUCAGAUCUGAUGAAAGAAUUUGAUGAGGUCUACAGCACUCUGACAGCUGAAAUAGAAAAGUAUUUCAAAGAGGAAAAAUACCAGGAGAUCUUGAUUAAGUGGAAGGUGAAUGUUGAUAAAAGGUUUGAGAGCCUGAGGAAUGAGCUCAUUGAAGAAACCAGAAAGCAGAGCAAUGAACUGAUCAAACUGAAGAAAUGCCAAUCAGAGCUGGACAGGAAGAAAUCAGAAUAUGAAGCAGAACUGAUUGAAAUGAGCAAAGACCUGGCGUCCAGACUGAAGAAGAAGAAGCCCAGUGAUAAGAAAGUGAAGGAGCAGUUUGACAGACUCUGGGAGAGCUGGGUGACCAGAGUGUCCUCAGAGCUGGCCCCUGAGGAACAGCUGGACAUCAGAGCCACAGUGCAGAACAUCCUGCUGGAGAAAUUCAAGAACCAGGGAGAUGUCAUCAACAAGAUUGUGAAAAGAGAGAAGAUCUUCCAGUUCAGUAAGAAAAAAUACAUCAAACAAAGCUGGAUAGAAGAUAAUGUGAGGUCUGUCGCUCUGUGCGACAUCGUCCCCCAGUUCCUGCAACAGAGAGGCGCUCUGCAGCCCAGUAAGAGGACCUUCCGCAUCCUAAAAACCUACCCGUUGGAUUCUGAUUGA